AUGUCUUCCGCAAGUGAAACUUCUCAUAUUAUGCGUCCCAUGGCCGAUUUUAGUCCCAAUAUUUGGGGAUACCAUUUCUUCAACUCUGCUUCUCCUCCUCUCCUGAAUGGAGGACCGGAAGUCCUACAGCGAUCACAACGUCUGAGGGAGAAAGUUCGAAAGUUGAUAGUAGCACCAGUUGAGGAUCCUACACAAAAGCUGAACUUGAUCGACAACGUCAAACGUUUAGGUGUGUCUUAUCAUUUCGAAAGUGAGAUUGAAGAGAUAUUGCAGAAUAUGCACAAGAACCCUCCGCCAUUCAAAGGCAGAGAUCUUCAUGCCAUUUCCCUCUACUUUCGGUUGCUUAGGCAACAAGGUUAUCACGCACCAUCUGAUAUAUUUGACCAAUUCAUGGAUGAAAAUGGUGAUUUCAAGAAGUCACUGCUGGACGAUGUGGGGCGAAUGCUGAGCUUAUACGAGGCUGCACAUUUUGGCAUCCAUGGAGAACAUGUUCUUGACCAAGCUAUACAUUUCACUUCCUAUCACCUCAAGUCAAGGUUGGGUGCCAUGAGCCCAAACCUCGAACGAAAAGUCAGUCGUGCACUGAACUUCCCCAUUCGGAAAGGAAUCCCAAGAUUGGAAUCCAGAUAUUACAUUCCCAUAUACUCAGCAGAGGCUUCUCCAAACGACCCACUGCUAGAAUUGGCCGUCCUGGACUUUCAUCUUGUGCAGCUUCUGCACAAAGAGGAACUUCAACAUGUCACAGAGUGGUGGAAAAAGUUAGACUUUGCGACGAAGGUGCCCUAUGCUAGGGACAGAGUAGUUGAAGCAUAUUUUUGGCCCUUGGGUGUAUAUUAUGAGCCUCAGUAUAUAAUUGGAAGGACAAUAGUGGGCAAAUUAAUUGCGGUUACUUCCGCCGUUGAUGAUACAUAUGAUGCAUAUGGCACCCUUGAAGAACUUGAACUCUUCACUGAAGCAGUCCGCAGAUGGGAUGCUAGUCCUUUGGAUCCUGUUCCAGAAUGCAUGAAAGUGGUGUUUCAUGCUCUGUUAGAUCUAUUCAAUGAAAUGGAGUUGCUGACUGAAAAGGAAGGAAAAUCAUGCUUUGUUCCAUAUGUUAAAGAAACUUUUCAAAAACUUGCAGAAGCCUAUUUGGUUGAAGCCAAGUGGUGCAACCAAGGUCACAUCCCAACAUACGAGGAGUAUGUUAAAAAUGGAGUUGUGACAUCUUGUUAUCCUUUGCUCGAGAUAGCUUCUUUCCUUGGGCUCGGGAACUUGGCAACCAAACAUGUGUUUGAUUGGAUUUCCAAUGUUCCCAGAAUUGUGAGAGCUUCAGCUAUUAUCUGCAGAUUAACAGAUGACACGAGUUCUCACAAGUUUGAGCGGAAGAGAGCACAUGUUGCUUCUGCAGUGGAAUGUUUGAUGAAGCAACAUGGGAUUUCAGAAGGAGAGGCCUAUAAAAUUCUGCAAAAGGAUUUAGAUAAUGUGUGGAAAGAUAUAAACGAAGAAUGCUUGAAGCGAGAUGUUGUUCCAAAGGUUGUGCUCGAUUGUGUUGUGAAUUUCUCAAGUGUAAUAGAGCUUGUUUAUGGAAACUUUGCAGAUAAAUACACACAUGCUGAACUGCUGAAAGAUCAUGUUGCAGCAUUGGUCGUGGACCCCGUUGAUAAUUUACAGUAAUACAAAUAGAUAUGCUUUAGAGACACAUGGCUUGCAAGUAGUUAUUAAAGUUUAUGUGGUGUGUGUAUGAAUAAGUGGGAAACAUAAUGCCAUGUGGUGGCUGGAGGAGCUCCAGCGGAGGAAGGAUUAAGAUUUUCUUUUAAUAGUUGAGUAUUGAACUAUAUUUACAUACAAAGUAUUUGAGAUUUGAGAUUUAUUUGAG